AUGCUCACAUGGGACAUGCGAGAUGUCAAUGAGCUGCCGAUGAUCUGUGAGGUCCUCGCUGAACAGUCUGGAUGGAAACAUGCGGACGCAGACCCGUCCAUCUACAUUGGAGCCUAUCAAUCAAUCAUACAAUCAUCCAUCGGCCCCGUCCGACGUUCUCCUGAGGAACCUGCAACUUUGCAAUCAUCUCAACCGUACAUCGCAUCGCUGCUGCUGCCCUCUGCCGUCGCUAUCCACAUCGAUCGCUUCCUCUCCAAGAUUCGGCCCAAAUCACUUGCACGCCAUUCAUCCGGCUCUGGCUUCAACAACCAGGAGCUUCAGACGAGCGACAACUUAGCAGUAUACAGCGUUCUCAUCGCAGGUUGCAUCGCUGUCGACACCGUCCUUUCUACCCACUGCAACAUCAGUGCUACCACAGCCAUGCCUGCAUCACUCACGAAAGCCACAUCUCGUGGCAAUGCUUCGAUACAGAGCCAUCCCGCCGGCAACGUACAGCACAUCAGCUCUCCCGCUGCAGCCUCCACUUCGCAGCUUCAACCAGUCCCAUCGUGGCCAAAGAAGGCAGCAACGCCACAGGAAGAGCAGGCAUCCACGAAAGCAGGUCUCAAGGCGUGGUGGGCAUCCUUCACCAAGGGUCGUCACAACAAGGAAAAGAAGCUCAACGCAGACCGUGUCUUUGGCGUUCCGCUCCGUCAGUCGCUCAAGUAUGCCAGCGUCGCCAUUUCGAUCGCCGGCGAGGAUGGUCAACAGUAUGUCUGGGGCUACGUACCUGUCGUCGUCGCCAAAGUAGGUCUCUACCUCAAGGAGAAUGCUACCGAGGUUGAGGGCGUCUUUCGUAUUGCAGGUUCCCAGAAGAGGAUGAAGGAGCUUCAGGAGACCUUCGAUAGUCCGCCUCGCUACGGAAAGUCGGUUGAUUGGACCAAGUACAGUGUCCACGAUGCCGCCAGCGUCUUGCGCAGGUACUUUAACCACAUGCCGGAGCCCGUCGUGCCGCACGAUCUCUACACCGAGUUCAGGAACAUCCGUGCCAAGGAGCACUUUGACGAAGACGGCGCCAUCAAGACAUACCGCCUCCUCAUCUCGAGUAUGCCAUCCGCCAGCCAGUAUUUGCUCCUCUAUGUGCUCGACCUUCUCGCCGUAUUCGCCCGCAAGUCGGAUAAAAACCUGAUGCCCUCGAGCAAUUUGGCUGUCAUCUUCCAGCCGGGCAUGUUUUCGCAUCCAUCCCACGAGCUCUCGCCCGGCGAACAUAAGUUGGCCGUUCAGGUGCUCGAGUUCCUCAUCGACCACCAGGAUCAAUUCGUGCUCGGCAUGACACCGCAGCCAGCCUCGCAGCUUCCGCAAGACGAGCUCACCGCUGUGUCCAAACCUAUCACAGAUGAGGAUAUCUUGGUGCCAUCGGAUAGCGACGAGGAACAAGGCGAGCUGCAAGUGCAUGAGGGUGGAGGUGCGGUUCUGAUGCGCAGCAAGACCACAAAGCCAAAGGCCAAGAGAUACGGAUUCGGACGAUCUCGCCGUGACAAUGAAGAUGACAACGUCAGCGAGGUCGACGAGCUCUCUCCGCAGACUUCGCGAGUCUCUGCCAAGAGCCCUACCAACGACUCGUCGUCCGCGGAUGCGAAGCCCGCUACCGGACUGCGCCGUAGUCGCACCACGCCCUCUCGAAAGCCUGUCGAGGGUGUCUCGCCAGCUCGCAAAGGUCGCCGUCCACGCGCGUCCGCAGGCGACAAGCGAGCUGCAGAGGAGGAGCAACGUAGAAUCGUAGCCGCUCUCAUUCCUCCGCCUCCGGAGCCCAAGUCUCAGGCCAUGCAGAAGGCGGCCUCAUCGGCGGGCCAUACGCAAUCGAAGCCUUCGAGACCCUCCGUGGAGUCUGGCGUGGCUACAGCGACUUCUGCACCGAUGCGAAAGGCGCUCUCAGCUACAGACGCUCCCGCAGCUCCAGCGUCCAUCGCCAGCGUCACUUCGCCCGCCGCUGUCGGUCAAGACACGACCGGACUUCCAACGCCACCGGCGUCCAAAAUCCUUGGCACAGAGGCGGGCGCACCGGCAUCGGCAACAAACGACAAAGAGACUUCCUAA